AUGCGUUUUCUGGAGCAUUCACUCUUGUCACAGCUAUCGCAAAUACAUGGAUGCAAAAAAACAACGGCGGAAAUAGUGAGAAAUUUUGAGAAGUCAAAUACAUGGCAGAACAUUGCACUCUUACUUGUUAUUGAUCGGUGGCCACUUCGUUUAAACACAGAGGAGUUAAUUUCUUUGAAUUUGAAGCCAAAAUGUGCUGGGCAUACGUACACGCACGCGCACAGACAAAUGGCAAUACGCCGCUGCGUGACCAGCUCGUUCAGGCUAAUCUACAAGUGGCGACGUGUGAUUGUAGUACAAGAGGCGAUACGUUCGAAUAGCAGAAUGGCUUGGCGAAGCAGUGGCAACACAAAUGAGGAACUUGUACGAAACCUUGAAAAAGCCGGAAUCUUCUCAUCAGCACGUGUUCGCGAAGCAAUGCUUGCUACGGAUAGAGGCGAUUUUGCACCUCGGGGACCGUAUAUGGAUCAACCACAAGGCAUUGGUUAUAAUGCAACAAUUUCGGCACCACAUAUGCAUGCUGCAGCUUUGGAAUACUUGAAAAACCAUCUCGUAGAUGGGGCAUAUGCUUUAGAUGUCGGCUCAGGAUCUGGUUAUUUGACAGUAUGUAUGGCUCUCAUGAUUGGUCGAAAUGGAAAAGUGAUUGGUAUUGAGCACAUCCCUGAGCUGGUAGAAUUAUCGAAAGAGAACACAAGAAAGCAUCAUGCUGAUUUACUGGAUAACGGUCAAAUACGCUUUAUUGAGGGUGAUGGCCGCAAAGGAUAUGAAACAGAUCGUAAAUAUGAUGCUAUUCAUGUGGGUGCAGCAGCAGAAACAAUACCACAACCGCUGAUCGACCAACUCGCCGAGGGAGGACGAAUGCUAAUUCCCGUUGGCAGGGAGCACGGAAAUCAGGUAUUCCUGCAAGUCGACAAAAUUGAUGGCAAUGUCACACAGAAAGUGAUCGAACAUGUGAUCUAUGUGCCGUUGACUAGUAAAUCUCAUCAACUUGGUCGUUACGAGCUCUAGCGGCCGUAUGUGAUCAUUAUGAUAUCACCAAAGCCAUCACGCAGAACUUCUCCUCCACUCAUCCAUCUUCGAUGACCUCUUUUGAACAGUACUACGCCGUUUAGCAAUCUAAAAUAAACAUGACAUACCUGUGCUGUUUGUUGCCAAUGAAACGAAAUGUUCUCGCCCUCAAUCCCGAUUGUAUAGCUUUCUCUUUGUAAAUUUUUGAUAAUUUAGCUUUGCUUGUAUAGUUGUACAUGUGCCCUUGUAAAUGCCCCCGUCGAUUGUUUUUUCUCUACUGCAACGCUAUGUCAUGCUUGUAAAUUCAAAUUAUAGUGCUGGUUUGUACCAUGUACUUCUGCGUGAUCAGCGGUGUUCAGUCCUUAUUUGAAAGCGUUUAAUACUUAUAUGCUUUCGUUUUAAUAAAUCAGUGCAUGCAAAAC